AUGUCAUCCAUGCAGAAUGUCCGUAUUAAGCAGGUCAGAACAGCAAGAGCCAUGUGGCAUCUCCGCGACAUGUCACUAGCAUUGCUGAUGAUGCCGGAGGAGGAGUACGCAAAGAGAUUGGCCAACAUUGGUGACAGCGAUCGUGCAUUACUGCUGGAAGUAACGAAGAACAUCAAGAACGUGAUCUUCGGCCAGCAGGAGAGCUCGCGCUGGGCCAGCCAGCGGCUGAUUCCCGGACGGGAGCACGAGGUGUGGGAUCACGGCAGGCGAGUGCUUGGUUUCCUUGAGGCGUCGAAGUCGGGCCGCCUGCAGGAGAGGCUGGAGCAGAGCAUGCGGUUUCGUGAGCGCCUGCUACACCUGGCCCUGGAAAUUUCGAAGUCGGGGCGAGCGCCGUCAAGCCGGGUGUCGUCGCCAGUGGACAUUGUGUCCCGCAGCAUGACCCCAAUGGCGCGGGCCGUCACGGGCACGCGCCGCAACAGCAUCCGCGCGUUCCACUCGGCAAUCGGGGCCGUUCUCACCCCGAGGCGCCCCCUCUCCCUUCACGAGGAGGAGACCGGCAUGGCAAGCGGAAUUCUUCAAACGGCGAAGAGUAAGAUCUUCUCAGAACCAGAGUUGACGAAACUUGACUUCAGCAGGAAGAUCUUGAGCUUCACGCAGUUGGACAUGUCCGAGGAGGAGAUCGAUGUUCUCUUCAGUGUUCUGGACAGCAACGGGUCUGGUACCGUGACCCAUCAGAAGCUCACCGAUCUGCUUACGGCUCUGGCACCCGAGAAGGUUUUGCAAACCAUGGCACGUGACGGUGGCGAUGACGCGGCAGUAUCUGAGAGAAGUUCAGGAUCUGAAGGAAACUCAGGCGUCUCUCUGAUGACUCCCUUGUCCAGUGACGGGCAGGCAGAAGGGGGCGAUGCUAUCCCAGACGAGUUUCCAAAGGAGGCCGCACACCACAUUACCCCACUGGAAUCGAACGACUCCGCUGUGGCGUCUGAUUCCAGAGGAACACCUUCAAACGUCUGUGUCUACGUGGAAGAGAGGGUUGAGAUGUGA